AAACGUUUAUUGUAUUGUUUUAUUUUAUCUUAUGUAUUUAUUUUUCUCUAGUUUUUAUUAGCUAAAUUAUCCUAGAUAAUUAACUCGAAAAUGGAGAGAGGCCUCCUUGUAGGAGUAAGAUAACUAAAAACACCUUUCGUCACUCUACGCCGCUUCUCUCUCUUAAAUUAUACUUGUCCAUUGAUUCCAAGCAUGUUUCUCUUCUGUAUGCGAACCAAAAUCUCAGAAACCACCAACUCCUUGUUCUAAUAUGGCUUCACACAUCUUACCAACAUCACUAUCAAUUUUAGAAACUGACAAAGGUCGAUCCUUUACAAUCAAUCUGUUCCACACAAGAAAUGCGUCGUUGAUCAUCACUCCCAUGAAAAGUUUCCAGAUUCGAAGAAGACGAAACCAGAUAAUAGCGUUUGCGUUAGACACAGGAUCUUCUUCUUCUGUUCCUGGAGGAGGAGGAGAACGACAAGAGAUUAAUGAAGACAGAACAGGUCUAGGUAGCACUAGAUUAGGCAGAAUAGCGAUUGCCUUAGGCAGACAGCUUCUUUUGAAGAUAAACUCUGCUAGAAAAAACUUCCCCAUGAAGAUAUUCUUACUGCUUCUUGGUUUCUACACUGCUAAUGCAUUAGCCACCAUUCUUGGCCAAACCGGUGACUGGGACGUGCUUGUGGCAGGCAUCGUCGUGGCUGCUAUCGAAGGGAUCGGUAUGCUUAUGUACAAGAAGAAGAAGAAGCCAUCUUCAUCUUCUUCUUCUUCUGGGAAGUUGCAGUCUUUUGUUGUGUUUAUGAAUUUCUGGAAAGCUGGUGUUUGUUUGGGUCUCUUUGUUGAUGCUUUCAAGCUUGGUAGUUGAAUAUAAAACAAGCUUUUCCUUUCUUCUAGCAUAUGAGUUAAUGUUUGUGUAUAGAGAGAGCCUUUGAUUGUAUCAGUUAAAAGAGUUUCAGUUUUGUUGGAAUAUAUAUAUAUA